CCAUGAUGACUCCUAACAUCAGCUUGCAUGUCAACAACAGUGAUGACUGCUAUGGUUAUAACUGCAGGUGUUUGAUAUAUUUGGAUUACAAGACAAUGGACAUGACAAUGUUUUCUUUCUAUCUAUUCUUUCUUUUGGUAGGUCUGAUAGAAAAUAUCAUUGUCAUUUGGAUAAACUGGCGGUUGGAAGGGUCCAGGAAAGAAAGCAAUCUUUACAUUUUUAAUAUGGCUAUCGCUGACUUGUGUGCUGUUUUAUUCAUCCCAUUAAGGAUGGCAGAGACCUUUUACAAUUACCACUGGAUCUGGGGAGACUUUCUGUGUAAAUUUGAUUCCUUCAUUUAUUUUGUUACUCUGUACAGCAGCAUUUUCUUCCUGGCCUGCUUUAGCAUUGACAGAUACGUCUCACUGCGAUAUCCAUUCCAAGCCCAGGGAUCACGAGACCGUCAUAUCCGUAGGAUGGUGUGUGUGUGCAUGUGGACUGUGGCAAUACUACUAUCUGUACCACAGUUUGUGCAUUCUGAAAUUUUUGGUAUUGUGUAUAUUUAUUGCUACUUAUCUCAUGCGUUAUCGUUGUAUGUUACAAACUCUCUGACUUUAGUUCUUGGAUUUAUCAUUCCUUUGCCUAUAAUUAUACUGAGUAAUAUUUUCACUGCAAGAGCUAUGAAAAAUUCCAGUAACACAGAAAGCAUAAAAACCAGUAAAAUAAUAUAUGGUUACAUCAUAGCAUUUUUGAUAUGCUGGUUACCAUUUUACAUAAUUGUACUUCUUUCCCUACUGGAUAUCUUUCUUGACUGUAUUGUGCUCGAGUUUAUAUAUUUCUUUUAUGACAUGGUGGAGUGCCUCAGCUUUUUCCACUGUAUCGUAAAUCCCAUUCUGUACAACUUUAUACACAAAGAUUUUCGGGAUCAUUUAACAGCCAGUGUUGUGAAGUACAUGCCCAAACAAUAUGUCAAGGAGGAUGAUGAUGUUUCCAUUUCUUCAGACACCAGGCAUAUCGUGGUCAUUACAUGAUUUAAUCCUUUGACAAGCAGGAGAAAAUGAGGGGUGUUAUUGAUUUGGUCAAAAUGAUCUGCCAUUUUUUUUCUUCUAUUGCUGUUCUUAUUUCAAUGUUAUUUUUUAUGAUCCGAGUUGAUGGUAAUACUGGACAUCUCAAAUCCCAGAUUGAAACUUGGUUUGAUAGAUCACAUGUUUAAUGUUUGCAGUUGGUUCUGUGGUGGUUAAUCGCUGAAACGUAUCUGCAUGAGGUUGCAAAUAUUCUUUGAUAACAGAACGUAAGUUUAAACCACAAAAUAAAGAAAACAAACAAAGCUAUAUGUGUACACAUGCACACAAAUAAAAUUGGGAGAAAGAUCUGAAUAAAAAUAUCAGAACAAAAUUUCAACCUGAUUCCCAGUCCUGUCCUUUUACUGAUACUCAAUUCCAUAGUGAUUUUACUCCUUUCAGAACUAUUUAAGUUCUUACUGCAGUUUCUGCAGUCACAUGCUUUCUUGGAGUUAAUGCACUUAGGUCACUAUUCCAAAGUACUUUAUGACCUGUUUAAAAAAAAUUACUUUCACAGGUCUAACCCAAAUA